UGAUGUCAUCCCCUGUGUAUUCUUUUUAAAAUACUAGAUUGCUCAUCCACACAAAACUGGUAGUGGGUUUUUGGGAUUGUUAUCAGUAGGUAUCCAGUUUUACUAAAAUAUCUAGAGAUUAGAACUUACCAUUAGUAAUUUUAAUAUAAUAUAGAUUUCUCCUGGGAAAACGUAAACCAUAAGCAUUUCAAUAGAAAAUACACUAUGGAUAACUUUGUUUUUCUUCAUUAUAGUUGAAAUUACAGACAUCCUGCCAAAAUGAUUUCUUCAAAGCCCAGACUUGUCGUACCCUAUGGCCUCAAGACUCUGCUUGAAGGAGUUAGCAGAGCCAUUCUCAAAACCAACCCACCAAACAUCACCCAGUUUGCAGCAAUUUACUUUAAAGAACUUAUUGUGUUUAGAGAAGGGAAUACUUCUCUGGAUAUAAGAGAUCUGGUUAAGCAAUUUCAUCAGAUUAAAGUAGAGAAAUGGUCAGAAGGAAUGGCAUUGGAUGAGAAACCAGAAUGUGGAAAACAACCAGAAGUAACAUCUAUUUUCCAAGAACCUACACGGAUGGAAAAAUCUACAGACACAGAGGAGGACAAUAUAGCUGGACAACAAUUUAGCAACAAGACCACUCAAUUUCCAGCAGUUCAUGCUGAGAUCCCACAGCCUGAGGAGACAACUGAAGGAGUUUGGUGUCCUCCUUCCAAACCAUCCACACCUAAGACUACCACCCCAUCCACAUCACCACCGCCAGCACCUGUCUCAGCAGAGUUUGCCUAUGUCCCAGCUGACCCAGCUCAAUUUGCUGCUCAGAUGUUAGCACUAGCAACAAGUGAAGCAGGACAACCACCACCCUAUUCUAACAUGUGGACCCUUUACUGCCUAACUGAUAUGAAUCAACAAAGUCGCCCAUCACCGCCACCUGCAUCUGGGCCUUUUCCCCAAGCAACCCUCUAUCUAUCUAAUCCUAAGGAUCCACAGUUUCUGCAGAGUCCACCGAAAGUUACUUCUCCAACUUAUGUGAUGAUGGAUGAAAGCAAGAAGGCCAGUGCCCCACCUUUCAUUUUAGUAGGAUCAAAUGUUCAGGAAGCCCAGGAUUGGAAACCUAUUCCUGGACAUGCUGUUGUCUCACAGUCAGAUGCCUUGAAGAGAUACGCUGCAGUACAAGUACCCAUUGCUGUUCCUGCAGAUCAAAAGUUCCAGAAACACACCUUAAAUUCCCAGAAUGUUAAUCCUCCUACAAGUGGACAAGAUGGCCCCAGACCACAAAGUCCAGUUUUUCUUUCUGUUGCUUUCCCAGUAGAAGAUGUAGCUAAAAAAGGUUCAGGAUCUGGUGACAAACGUACUCCCUUUGGAAGUUAUGGUAUUGCUGGAGAGAUUACUGUGACUACUGCCCAUGUUCACAGAGCAGAAACUUAAAAUGAUGAUGAAAAUGACUGAGUCAACAUUCAAGCUGUUUGAGUCAACAUUCAAGGUGGAGUCUACCACCACGCGUAAUAUUAUAUCAAUAAACUUCC